CAUGGAACUUAUUACUAAUGCAUAUUUGCGCGGGUAGAACGAUUACGACAUUUUUCUCAACAAGCUUUGAAACGCGCCAAUGUCGCAAGAUCGUUUUCGUGGUUUGGAAAGCAUUCGCUUGGAUCGUACAGGAAGAGCUGAGUCAAUAAGGAAAAAAAUAGUAAAGGAACUAGUGUGAAUAUAUACCAUUUCUGAAAUGUGUGCAUUCACGAGUGAGGGAAAGCUAUCAAAUGUGAUUAUUCUAUCGUCGUCAUCGGUCGCCAUCGAAUCGCCAUAAACGUCGAUAAGGUUUAUUACUGUUCUCACAUGUACGUAGCUGGGUGAACAGAGGAGACAAAGUCCUUAAUAGCUGUAAGUUUGGAACAGAUAGUCGAGACAGUGUAUCUAUCAACAAGACGCUUACCAAUAGUAAUACUUUUGAGAGAAUGGCUUUACCGAGUAGAGCACGAGUUUACGCAGAUGUAAAUUCACAUAAACCAAGAGAGUAUUGGGACUAUGAAUCUUAUGUUGUUGAUUGGGGACAACAAGAUGAUUACCAGCUAGUGAGAAAAUUAGGCAGGGGUAAAUAUAGCGAAGUAUUUGAGGCCAUAAAUGUUACAAACAAUGAGAAAUGUGUCGUAAAAAUAUUGAAGCCUGUAAAGAAGAAGAAAAUAAAAAGGGAAAUAAAAAUUUUAGAAAACCUUAAAGGUGGGACCAACAUAAUUACACUCCAAGCAGUUGUUAAAGAUCCAGUUUCGAGGACACCAGCACUGAUUUUCGAACAUGUUAACAACACAGAUUUCAAGCAGUUAUACCAGACGCUAACUGAUUACGACAUAAGAUACUACCUCUACGAAUUAUUAAAAGCGCUAGACUAUUGUCACAGUAUGGGAAUUAUGCACAGAGAUGUGAAACCGCACAACGUUAUGAUAGACCAUGAAAACCGAAAGUUACGAUUAAUUGACUGGGGAUUAGCAGAGUUUUAUCACCCUGGUCAGGAAUACAAUGUACGAGUAGCUUCCCGCUAUUUUAAAGGGCCGGAAUUACUUGUAGAUUAUCAAAUGUACGACUAUUCAUUAGACAUGUGGUCGUUGGGUUGUAUGCUCGCGAGUAUGAUAUUCAGGAAAGAACCGUUUUUUCAUGGACACGAUAAUUAUGAUCAAUUAGUUCGAAUUGCAAAAGUUCUCGGGACUGAAGAACUGUUUGAAUAUCUUGACAAGUAUCACAUUGAACUCGACCCUCGUUUCAACGACAUUCUAGGCCGACAUUCGCGCAAGCGUUGGGAGCGCUUUGUACAUUCGGAGAAUCAGCAUCUAGUGUCACCAGAAAGCUUGGACUUCCUCGACAAGCUCUUACGCUAUGACCAUUAUGAGAGACUAACUGCGCGCGAAGCAAUGGAGCAUCCUUACUUUUAUCCCAUAGUAAAAGAACAAGGUCGGUUGACCAUGGUGUCAUCAUCACCUACUCCCAUGACAGGCUCAGUGCCUGUAGAUCAUCGUGGCGUAACAAUGAGCAGCGUACCGGUUCAUGGGACAAACGGAUUGGAAAGCAUGGAAGAAGUGGGAAGUGGGUGUUUGACCGCUUCAGAAGAACUGCCUCAACUCUUAUAAGUUCAGCAAUUCUGAACAGUAACCCGACUCCCCGUCUACUACAGAAUAUAACAAUGCAACAGCAGAUAUUUCGUAUCGCCAAGUACAUUCUUCUCAGCACGAAAAUCAUUCUGGUUUGUAACAACGGCUUCAUUGAUCCCACCAUUAAGACUGAAAUAUCUCACUUUGCUGUGUCUCCUUCAAAAACGUACAGUCGAUCG